UUUGUUAUAAACUUUGCACAUUUUAAGAUUCUUAAAGGUACAGAUAGUAAUUUAUUUAAAAAAAAACUGGUAAUUGUAUAGAAAGCUUAAAACAAAGAAUGGGACGUUCUCGUUCGCGGAGCCCCCGAUUUCGGGACCGGGAUCGCGAUCGUGACCGCAGAAGAAGAAGUCGCUCACCUCGUUCCAGAAGGUCAAGGUCGCCACGAAGACGUCAUAGGUCAAGAUCCCCUGGUCGACGUCAUCGAUCACCUCCGAGGUCAAGUUACCGCGACGACGACAGAUACAGGAAGAAUGAAGGGCCGUGGAAGACUCCUUUAGACGCACAGGUUAAUCUAACACUAGGGGGCAGUCUUGGGGUUAAAGGUCCGAAGAAAAAGAAGAAGGCGGUCCCUAAGCCUGUAGCUAUGGCAACUAACCCAGAAGAUAUGACAGAUGAGGAUAAGUUUAUGCAACAGAUGAUGGGGUUUGGGGGGUUUGAAACGACAAAAGGGAAAAAAGUUAAAAACAACGAUGUUUACGCUUUGAAUAAAAAGGUGGAAAGAAAGUACAGACAGUACAUGAACAGGAAAGGUGGUUUUAAUCGACCCCUUGAAUUCAUGCCUUGAUUGCUAUGGACAGUGGGUGUGAUUGCUAUGGACAGUGGGGAAUGUAUUUAGAAUUAUUCUAGGGAACUAAAUUAUAAAUUACACCACUGCUUUCACAUUCUGAUGCUUUUCUUCUUUCAAAUUGAUUGUUGUUUUGGACAAUGUUUUUAUAUUGGCCAAGUGACGGAUUGCCCAUUGAAUGUUCUUAUUACUAAUAUUAAAGUGGAAAAGAAGAAUGGAAUGUGACAGUUGGUAUGUUUGUCUUAUACUGUAGUAGUAAAACCACAUGAGUCUUAACUUGCUGCAUCAUAUUUCUGUUAGUAUAAUUAGUUAUCAAAUGGUUUUGUAAUGUUGUUUCUACUUCUUUAUGUAAAAAAAUAGGAUUUUGUAAUUAGCAUUGCAUGAUUAAAUUGGGUAAUUGAAUUUGUUAUGUGUUUUUGCUGAUACGGAUGUAGCUUGAAAUUACCAGGAUUGAUAUUAACAGAAACAAAUAAAAAAUUUUCAAACUGUUUUUAG